AACUCCUCCUCGAUUAUCUCUGCUUGUUUUCCCUUUUUACUUCUUCUUCAAUCAACCGCGGUCGACAGCUACAGACAGAAGAGACAUGGAGCGUGCGGCGGCGGCGGAGGCGGCGCUGCUCCGCGAGAAAGCGAGUCUGCUGCGGGAGUCGAUGCGCAGGAGCGAGGCGGUGCGCGAGGGGUCGGCCGCGGCGGUCGACUCCAUCGGCCGCCGCAUGGCCGCCGUCGACGAGGCCGUGCGCCCCGCCCAGGCGAGGACGUGGAGCGCGUACAGUGCCCACGACAACGUCGCCAGGAGCCUCCGCGCCGUGGAGGCCGUCGUACGGCACCUCGACGCCGUCCGCGAGGCAGAGUCGGUGAUAUUGGAAAGUGCAAGCAAGGGUGUUACUGCAUAUCUCGACGCGGUUGAUAACUUAAAAAGCGCCGAGGAUUUCUUCACUUCAAAUAGAAUCGGUACAGCUGGUGUUGACGCGCUCAAACGUGUCGAUGAAUUGCUUCACAAGGCGGCUGCUGAGCUGGAGAAUGAAUUCAGCAGGGUGCUAUCAGAAUGCAGCAAACCGGUAGAGCUUGAACAACUUCUCAAAUGUCUUCCAAGCCGUUCAUCAGCGAAAGAUUCUGCUGAAAGCCAGCCAAAUCCGGGUGCCGUGCUCUCUCUUCCUACGCUCAUUGACCCGCGCUACGUGCCUCGGCUCUCAAAGUUAGCUCAGAAAUCAGUCCAACUUGGUUGCCAUAAACAGUUUGUGAAAAUAUAUAGGUGCAAGCUUCUACAAGUUUCAAAUUGCCUGACAUACUUGCAGUGCAGUGUUACUAUAUUUCAUGAUUUGCUUGCCCAUGACAUUUUCCUUCAUACUUCCAGAGAUACUCGCAGUUCAACUUUGGAACUGACCCUUAAGCAGUUGGGAGUUGAAUAUGUUACGGCAGAAGAAGUACAGACUGCGCAGGCUGAGAGCCGGGACGCUAAAAUUGCUCACUGGAUCCGAUGUUUGCAGAUUGCGGUAAAGUUGCUUUUUCCUAGUGAACGCGCACUGUGUGAUCAAAUUUUUGAAGGGAAGCAUGCAUGGAAAGACCAUUGCUUUGCUGCAGCAACAUCCAAAAGCCUCUUGAAUCUACUCAGCUUCGGACAAGCUAUUUCUAAAUCUAAGACAGCACCAGACAAAGUAUUUUUGCUGCUAGAUAUGUUUGACCGAACAUUGGAACUUCAAUCUGAGGUUGAGGCAGUCUUUGCAGGAGAUGAAUGCGCUGAAAACCGGAAAUCUGCAAGUACUUUGGUCAAAUGUUUAGCACAAGCAGCAAAAAAGACUCUCAUUGACUUCAAAGACAGCAUUGUGAAGGAGUCGCCUAAGAAUACGAGUACUGAUGGAGAUGUGCAUCCUCUUACCAGCUAUGUUGGAAACUAUAUCAAAUAUCUUAUGGACUAUCAGUCAUCACUAAAGCUGAUCUUUCAAGAAUCCAGCAAUGGAGAUGGAACAAAGUCUGGUCUGGUCUCUGAAAUCUCUGGCCUUAUACAUGCAGUAGAGACCAACCUAGAUGUAAAAGCAAAGCAAUACAAGGAUCAUGCCCUGGGAAUUCUGUUCUUAAUGAAUAACAUCAACUAUAUCGUCAGAUCUAUCCGCGGUUCAGAAGCCAAGGAUUUAGUUGGUGAUGAUUGGAUUCAAAGACGCCGAAGGACUGUGCAGCAACAUGCUACUCAGUACAAAAGAGUUGCUUGGGGAAAGGUAUUGGAGUGUCUCUCAGCUCAAGGUUUAACUUCAUCAGUAGGUUCCGCUACAGAAGGUAUUGCAGGAAGUGUUGGGAGUAUCGGAUCGCACAGCGGUACAACUUCCACAUCUGUGAUCAAAGCGAGAUUCAAGUCUUUCAAUAAGCAGUUUGAAGAGGUUUGUCAGACUCAGAUGAACUGGGCUAUUCCCGAUAAAGAGUUACGCGAUAACCUUAUCCUUGCGGUUGCUGAAAUUCUGUUACCUGCUUAUAGAUCUUUCCUGAAACGCUUUGGGCCUCUUGUCGAGAACAGCCAUCAUGCUUCGAAAUAUAUGAAGUACACUCCAGAAGCACUUGAGCAAACACUUGGUAAUCUAUUUGCAAAGAAGUUACCACAGUAGGUGAACUGGGACGCUGAUUGCACCAAGCAUUCUAAUUAGCAGUAAGUUAGAAGCUUCCUGUCAAUUGUAUAUGUGCUAUGGGAGUGCUAUAGUUAGAUUAUGAUGAUGAUGAGGUGGUGGCGUGGCGGUGUCUAGUUAGAUUAUGAUUAUGAUGAGGUGGUGGCGGUGGCGGUUGUGACGAUCACAAUAUUACGAGUGUUCCGACCUGAAUGUUUUUUCCACUCCACUACACGUUCUCUACAAUGUCUAAAUUUUCAGCUGAGCAUUAGAUAUAUAUAUUUUUAGCAAAUUUACCUUUUGACUUAAGUAAAUCUGAUAUUCUCUUUGGCCCUUGCUCCUGGUUGCUGUCUACAUUCACUGCAUGUUAAUGUUGGAGUUAUGAAAUCUUUCAUUGUUUCUCCAAGCCUUGAGGUUCAGACCAAGUUUUCAUGUUUUCAUUUUGAAGAAAUGUAUAAAAUAUAAAGUUGUCAACUGCAUAAUCUACCUGUGAACUGAACUGAGAUAGCAUACCUGACAGUAUGAGGUGGGUGUUCUGCAGUAUAUUCUGCAAUAGAAAGUUCUCAAGUUUGGUUUUACUCCUAUCAAAACAAAAGGAUAUUAGCAGAACAAUAAAGUUUCAAUCUAGUUCCAUGGAUGCAAGGAAAUUCUUAAAACAUUUUCAGAAGCCCCCAUACAUGACCCUAAUGGGUAGCUAGUAAUAAGUAUCCGCUGUGGCUGGAAAAUGUGGUACGUAUUUGCAAAUGAGUUGAAUGUACUCUUCUUUUUCAGCAACUACAAUUCACUCAUGGCAAGUUCAGCAGAAAAUAUUCGGUUUUCUAUAUUAUCCUCUGCUCAUUUUCAGUUGGUAGGGACCAUUUAUGGUGUACAUCGUCACCAUACCCUCUUUCUUAAUAAUGCACUAUAGCAGGAGUAUGAUAUCUGGGAAUGUACUCUUAUUUGCUUUGGCCACUAGUGGUCCACUCAAUAAUUGUUAGACCCAUGUUGACCGGAUGGAUAGGCUUGUAGAUAUCUGGGAGUGUUUAGCUUUAGGUUGAGUGGUGAUUACAGUACUAACAUAUACCAUCAGUUUCCAAACUUCUUCUCGUUCCAUUUUUAUCCCUUAUUUCCUGUGAGUGUGCUUUGAUUUUGCUUCGGAUCAAAUGUUACCCAAAUUAUACAGUGCAAAAGUUUUCUUCUUUAGCACAAACUAGCUGAAUUUUUCACCUGGUGCCAGUGUAGUGUUAUCAUAAAUCAAUAUUGUUAUGCUAGUAUAUACCAGCACCCUACCUGCUCUCAUUAUUCUAGUCCCUUCAUAUCCAUCCUUUUUAGGUAGGAUUAUUCUGUUUGGUUCUCUGAGGAAUACAUGUAUGAUCCCCACUAGUGAAGCGAUAACUUUUCAUUUGGUCUUGGAUUAACGAUGACGCGCCUUUCCACCAACUAUUUGUAAGCUCUCGGAGCUUAACACACACAAAUCAAUUCCCAGAAUUGUGCUUUAUUGCCUUUAUGACGGCAUUAUGGAUGAUAAUCUAUAUUUAAACUAUAAAAAAGAAAUCCCCCACUAACUUUGUGGCUGCAGCACUUUCUGAUGCUCUUCCUUUUUGUCCGAUAUGCUUGGUUCAGUUCUCUGCAGCCCCAAAAAAUGGUUUGCAUUUCUCUACUUAAAUGUACCUACAUAUGAACUUUAUUUUUCACUAUGCAGUACCAGCUUUAUUUUUGGGCUCUAGGUUCUGCUUCUCGGUCACAAUUUAAUUCGUUGCAUGCUGCAUAGUAACAUAAUUUUCCC